UUUUUUUUUUUUUUUUUGUGAGCCUCCUCCAGUCUUGGCUUGACAGUGUGUGGCUUCGCCCAUUUGGACCCUCCGUUGGUCUAAUCCCAACAUUGGUUGGAUUUGAAGGUCGAGAAAAAGAGCUUCCUUCGUCGGUCUCUCGACCUCCCCCGUCUUUACGUACAAGAUCCUGUCUUAGCUACGGUUUCUCCCAAGUCGCCCAUCAUGUAUCGCAUCUAUAACAUUUACGUGCUCGCCGGCUUCGGCACCAUCGGCGGCAUGCUCUUCGGUUUCGACAUCAGCUCCAUGAGCGCCUGGAUUGGCGCCAGGCAGUACACCGACUACUUCAACGACCCGGACAGCACCCUCCAGGGCGGUAUCACCGCCUCCAUGUCGGGCGGUUCGCUUAUUGGCGCCCUGGCCGCCGGUUUCAUCGCCGACCCUCUGGGCCGUCGCGGCGCCCUCCAAGUAGCCUCCGUCAUCUGGAUCAUCGGCGCCAUCCUGCAGUGUUCGUCGCAGAACGUGGCCCACCUCAUCGUCGGCCGUGUCGUCUCUGGUUUGUCCAUCGGUAUCACCUCCUCGCAGUGCUGCGUCUACCUGGCCGAGCUCGCGCCGUCCAAGAUCCGCGGCCGCAUCGUCGGUAUCCAGCAGUGGUCCAUCGAAUGGGGUAUCCUCAUCAUGUACCUCAUCUCCUACGGCUGCGUCAUGACCGUUGACGGCCCGGCCGCCUGGCGCAUCGCAUGGGGUGUCCAGGCCAUCCCCGGCGCCGUCCUGCUCGCCGCGCUCUUCUUCUUCCCCGAGUCCCCCCGUUGGCUCGCCGGCCGCGACCGCUGGGAGGAGACCCAUGAGGUCCUGGCCAAUCUCCACGGCGGCGGUGACCGCGACGACCCCAUCGUCCUGGCCGAGCUCGAGGAGGUCAAGGAGGCCGCCCGCAUUGCCAUGGAGGCCAAAGACGUCAGCUUCUUCGGUCUGUUCGGCCCCAGGAUCUGGAAGCGCACGCUUGCUGGUACUUCCGUUCAGAUCUGGCAGCAGCUGCUUGGCGGUAACGUCAUGCUUUACUACCUCGUCUACAUUUUCAACAUGGCUGGUUUGACCGGAAACGUCGCCCUCACCUCCUCCAUCAUCCAAUACGUGCUCUUCCUCGUCACCACUGCCUUCAUCCUCCCCAUCGUCGACCGCGUCGGCCGCCGGCCUCUCCUCCUGGGCGGUGCCAUCUUCGCUUCCAUCGUCCACUUCGCCACCGCCGGCGUCAUGGCCACCUACGGCUACCCCGUCGACUCCAUCGACGGCAACGCAAACCUCAGGUGGGCCGUCGAGGGCGACCCGGCUCGCGCCAUCAUUGCGCUGUCCUACAUCUUCGUCGCCAUGUACGGUCUCACCUGGGCCCCCAUCGGCUGGAUCUACUGCUCCGAGGUCUUCCCGCUGCGUUACCGCGCCAAGGGCGUCGGUCUCUCGGCCGCGUGCAACUGGGCGAUCAACCUGGCUCUAGCCUUCUUCGUGCCUCCGGCUUUUACGAACAUUCAGUGGCGGACAUACAUCAUCUUUGGCGUCUUCUGUUUCGCCAUGACCUUCCAUGUCUUCUUCCUGUACCCCGAGACUUCCGGCAAGUCGCUUGAGGAGAUCGACCUCCUCUUCGACCAGAACCUCUCCGCCUGGAGGACCGGGAGCAAGACUAGUCACCUGCACACUCGCGCCGCUGAGCUGGCUAAUGAGAAGGGGGCAGGCGCCACCGCUACGGCGACUGAGGAAGAGAGGGCUUAAUUAAAUUUAAGCUCUCGUUUUUUUAACGUUGAAAAAAAAAAUCAAUGCAACCUAUGGUGAUAAGAGAAUGGGGCGUCUAUAUAUACCAUUGAUGAGGGGGGGGGGCAGGAGACGGAUGAACAACGAUGAGAGUUGGAGCGUGUUGUGUUUGAUUGAGCGCAGCGGACAUCGUAGUCAGGCGAGGGCAAGAUACCAAUAUACCAAGCUUUUUUUCGUCAUAAUAACUAUAAAGAUUGAGGUAAAACAAAGAAUAAGAUCGUAUAUAUAUAUAUAUAUAGUAAGAGGGAGAAUAGCGGUGAUCAGAGAAGACAGCUGAUUGCGUGCCAUGACUCGAAUCAAACAAGAAACGAACAACACCCGCUGCCGCGACAUGGAACAUGGAAGCCAUCCAA